AUUCGAGCCAAAUUAGAACCAAACAACGCCUACGAGGCCCCUUCAUGAGACUAAUGCUUCGUCCGGAAUGGCGCCUUUGGCCGCUUUCUUCUUGUCUAGGUAUCCUUGACCUCAAGACAGCGGUCUCUGUUGCUCUGUUCUUUGUCGUUUUCAAUAAAGUUGCAGGAGUUUAUGGCCUAAUUGCCCUGUUGACAGGCGCUGGAGGCUCAUUCUCUCAACUGAGUCUGUAUGUCUAUUCAGUGCUGGCACUUGUAGCCUUCGUAUGGGGGAUUAAGGCGGUGAAGGAGGAGGACCCUCAGAAAACCCUCUAUUUUGCACAUCUAUUUUUUGCGGACCACAUGUUCUCCACGGCUUGGACUGUUUACUUCUUCGUGGUCUGGUGGUUUCAAACACCCCAUGACGGUCAACAGUCCGCCAAUUCUCCAGCCCAAAUUGAAAUUAUCGAUGGAACCGAACAUAGCAAGAUUCCUAUGACGGACCAGGAACGUGUUGCGGCCGCCCAGGGGAUAUGGAAUCAUGAAAAAGAUCGGGCUGCAGCAUUCAUUAUCCUCUCUUGGCUAGUUAAGAUCUAUCUAGCCCUUUUGAUUUACUCCUAUGCGUCCCAUCUCCGUAAAGGGACCUAUCGCUCGUCUCUCCGUAACCGUGCACCAGUCCCGGCAAUGAAUGAUACCUACGAAAGUGCUCUAGGCUACCCAGAGGAAGACGAAGCGCUUGAAGACAUAUAUCGCUUCCCUCCUCGCACUCCGAACACCGCUAACACCACCAGUGAUACCCCUCGAAAAUACAAGGUCCCUGGUCUCAAUGGCCAUUCAGCAGGCGAGCAUGUCAUAUUCGACCAAGGCGAGCAAUAUGCAUCAAGUUCACGAUCGCAUGCCAGAGAUGGCAGCCUUCCCCGCUAGAAUGCGCCAAUGCAAUUCUCUCAUAAAACCUUGCGAUGAACAUAACUACCUUGAUAUCCAUGGAAUCUAGUCUCCUAAUUGUACAUAUUAUUCCACACUAAUCCUUGAAUGAAUGAACGAACUUGGUGUG